AUUCCGGUAACCCCGCCCCCGUCAGGCCGCCAUCAGCUCCUACAUAAGCGGGCAGUGCACUGCCCUGCUCCGCCCAAAGUGAUUGACGGGCUCAAGCGCCGCCGUGUUUAGUAAAAACGUGAAUGAAAAGAGAAGAAGAGAGAGAGUGAGAGAGAAAAAAAGAGCAUCGACAACACUCACCCAACGAAGCCCAAAAUGCAUUUGGCGCUUCUCAACGACAUUGGCGACCAUGUCCCAUCCUCGGCAAGCCCUCCCGAGUCUACAGAGUUCCCCCGUUUCAGCAGUCUCCCGGCCGAGCUCCGGCGCAAGAUCUGGCAACACCUCCUUCCCGCCCAGCGCAUCAUUGCUAUCACCAUCGAAUCAACCUGUGCUGAUGAGACCACACCCGACCAAGAAGACGACGCCAGCCCGUCGCCCGGGGCCUACACUGCACACAAUGAGCUCGGGAGCCCGGUCAGCGGCGCGCCCUACCGCAUCCGCCUCGAGGCCGACUCGCGGGGGCUCUUGAGCCCUCUGCUUCGCGUUAGCAGAGAGGCCCGCUCCGUCGCUAUGGGGCAUUACCGGGUCCAUAUCCCGACCGACGGCGGCCCCAUGUCCCCACUCCUAGCUAUAAAGCCUGAAACCGACGUCAUUCACUUCACGUUGGCAUGCUGGGACGCCGACGUGUGCGUCUUGGAAGACCAAGAAGUUGACCGGGAGGUUGACUUACUGGCCGAUUUUCUUACCGAUGCCAGGGCCUAUGAUAGGACUGGUCUCGGCAUCCUGCAUAUCGCCCUAGGCCGGGAGAUGCCGUUUGGUUCUGUUCAACUGCCUACAGACCUGUCUCGUCUUUCGGUCCAAGCUGCCUCGGGACUGCGCGCAGCCCUUCUGGGCUUUCGUACAGUAACGUUUGUUAGCAUGUCCCGUACCGAAAACCGCUUGAUGUUCGGCUCGCUCGACCAUUUUGCCGCACGGUACAACCGUGCUUUGCCGCUAUGGUCUUCCAAUGCAAACUUCCAACUGCUCCCAGUGCCCGAUCCACGGGGAACGGCCGGGGAAGAUGCGCUCGCGUACUACCUCGAGAAGGUUGCCGUCGGCGACGACCCCCGUGGUAUGAUCGCCCACUGGCAAUCCAUGGAGGCCGCUUUUGACAUCUCGACGGCCGUUGUCGCCAAGAAGCGGGUGGCGCUGGCCUCAAGGCCGGUGGAGACCAUGGACACCGCCGUCGACGCUCGUCUGCGCUCCAAGUCCGAUGCCGAGCGGUACAUAGCCUCCGAGGCGGCUACAUGGGAGAGCAGGUUUGCGCCCGACGGUAUUUACACAAAAUUCGACGUCGAAAAUCCCGACUCGGCAGCAUCCGAGGCGCAACUGUCCAUCCCGCAGGCUGUUGGCUUCUGGCUCCUGCCGGCAGAUGCGCUGGGUCCGCUGUCAGAGGGUGGCGUGAUGGACGUCCCAGAGGGCAGCAAUUUGGUGCGGGAUCUAAGCGCCCACCGGCCACGGCUCGCCUUGUUUGAUCUGUGCUAGCAGCUGUGCUUUGGUAGCCCUCGUGGCAGCUUGAAGCACCAGGGAGUGUGAAGUAGUAGAGCUGAGGUACAUGGUCAGGCAGCAAUUAUGAAAUGCAGAAGGUUCAUGCGAGGAGUCGGGCAUCUUUGAUCGGAUCAUGGUGUAGAUGAAAGACGCGUUAGGUAUGUCCAGCCCUACGUGGUGCCGGUCGAGAUAACCCUUUAACCUAGAGAGACGACACCAAACUAGAUCCCGUGGUGUGUUAACCUGUAUCCCUCUUCCG